CCAUAAACUUUCAAUCAAAAUGUUCCAAAGAAGAAGGCCCAUUUUUCAGAGAGUCUCAAAUAUACUAAAAGUCUCAAUCUUGAGAAGACCAAUCAUCCCAAGACUCAAGCUUCCUAUAAAACAAAGAAGAUCAGCCAAGCGGGUCAAGCUCCUUCAACAAUACAACUACAAGUUUCUUCAAGAGUCUCAGUUCUCACCUCUACGCACAUCUGUUAUCUCAUACCGUAGGAAGCGAAACCGCAUAUCUAGGUUGGGUAUUAAACACAUUUUCAGUUUAUUGUUUCUUUCACGGUGCAUCGGUCGGUCUAGUGACGAGCAUAUUGUUGAUACAAUAACACACAAUUGGAUGGAGAUGGAGCCUCUUCAUUGUGUCCACGGAAUUUCUUCUUCAUCAAGGGAUAUUUGGCAAUCCUUCGAUUACUUCAGUGAAGAUGAUUCGAUUGACUUGAAGGCGGAGAGAUUCAUCAAAAAGUUCUACGAUGAGAUGAGGUUGCAAGAGCGGGAAUUUAGUUGUUAAGUGCUAUAGUUUUUUUUUACGUCAGUUUAGUGCUAUAGUUGCUUUUUUGAAAUUUUCAAUUGUUAUUUUUGUGCUAUUUUGAUUUUCCACGUCAUUUGUGUUAUUAAUUUUCUCCGCAUCAUAUUUGA